AUGUCACCAUCCACAAAGGAAGGAUUCCUCUGGACCCCCGCUGGAACAAAAGAAGGCCUCCAAACAAACGCCUCAAGAACAUCAACCCGAACCCAAGAAAGCUACGACGUAAUCGUCAUCGGCGCAGGAUUCGCCGGUCUCAUCGCAGCAAGAGACCUCAGCCAAAGACAUAACCUCAACGUCCUCCUCCUCGAAGCAAGAGACCGCAUCGGAGGCCGCACAUGGACAGCCCAAGUCCUAGGCGAAGACCUCGAAAUGGGCGGUACAUGGGUCCACUGGGCUCAGCCUCACUUGUACAGCGAGCUGCGCAAAUACGAACUCCACGCCAACCUGAAGACAUCUGCUGGGACGCUGGCGCCGGAAAAGCAGACCUUCGCAUCUGGCGGUGCACUGCGGGAGAUAUCGAUUGUCGAAGCGGGUGGGAUUCUGGAUCGGGUCUCGAGAGCUUUCUUUGCGGUUGAUGGGUAUGAUAGUCGUACUCUUAUGCCUUAUCCUCAUGACCCGUUGCGAGAACCGGGGCUGUGGAGAUCGUAUGACCAUCUUUCGGUCAAGGAUCGGUUGGAUUGUUUGGACUUUUCGCAGUUUGAGAAGGAUUUGUUCGAGUCGAAUGUUAGUACUUUUGGUAGUGCGCCUGGGUCGGAUAUUGGGUUCACUGAGGCGCUGAGGUGGUAUGCGCUAGGCGGACACAAUAUGGCGGGUGUGUUUGAGAUGGCUGGAUUAUACAAGAUUGGAAAAGGUGGAAUGACAUCUUUCGCGAAUGCAAUCUUGAAUGAGUAUACUGGUGAUCUUCUGUUCAGCACCGCCGUGAAAGAGAUCAAUCAUGUUACCUCGGGGAUCAAGAUCGUGACUACUUCCGGCAAGUGUCUGCGGGCAAAGACAAUCGUCUGUACCAUUCCACUAAAUUGUCUCGGAGAUAUUACUUUCAAUCCACCCCUGAGUCCCCUCCGACAAGCAGCUAUUGCAGAAGGCCAUAUAAACACAGGAGCCAAGAUCCAUUUCAAGCUUCGGGCAACUGAGCCUGGAUGGUUCGCUACAGCUCGCGAUAGUUCAUAUCUCUUUGCCUUUUCUGAUCACAAUGGAACCCAAGCCUCUGAGCCAGCGGGAACUUGGUGCAUUGGUUUUGGGUACAGCUCGAAAUUGACGGACAAGACUGAUAGUAAGCAUAUCAUCGACCAGUUCCGGAAGGAUAUUCACCCAAAUGGCGAUGUCGAGGCAUAUGCGACGCACGAUUGGAUGAAUGAUCCAUACGCUAAAGGGGCUUGGGCCUGUUGGGGUCCCAAUUCUGCUUCGAGGUACCUUCAGGAGCUUCAGAGACCUCAUGGGCGUGUUGUUUUCGCCAGUGCGGAUUGUGCGGAUGGAUGGAGAGGGUUUGUUGAUGGGGCUAUUGAGCGCGGUCAGCAGGCUGUACAGGACGUCAUGGCGGGUUUGAAGGAUGGCUCUCGAUUUCGGUCGAAUCUUUGA